AUGGCAAACCAAACGGCCAACUACACGCUCACCGUGACGACGAUAUUCUCCGCUCGGCAGACGGAGCUACAUGAUCUCGCUCGGCCACUGCCGACCCUCUCCGAAUUGGUUGAUACGUGCAUGGUCGGUGUCACUCUAUUCCUGUUCACCACUUUCCGGACAUGGUUGUAUGUCUCAAAAGGCCGCAACGCUCCGCGUAGUAUGGCUCCACGCAUCGUGGCGUGUUUAUGGUUAGUGGACGCGAUGCGAUUUGUCUCGUCGUGCGAGAGACUGUACGGGAUACGUGUCUACUCGGCAGAGCAGCUGCCUCUGUCCAGAGAAAGCAUAUCUAGAAUCACGAGGUUACUGCGGAUGAUCAUUGUACCUAUGAUAUCGACACAUGUCUAUAUAACCUUUGUCACAUGGACGGAAAUCUACACAGCGACUGGAUAUAGCAAGAUUCAAGCGCUGCUCUGGACGGCGAUAGCAACAUUCUGUCCCGGUGUAGACAGGCGCCUCGCUGUGUCACAUUGCCUGGCGUUCGCUCGAUUGGGUUUCAUCGGUACUGCUCGCGCCUUGAUGAGCCCCGAUAAUGAUAUUGGAUCAGGAUGCCCUCGAUUGAGAAUGUCGUCAGGUCUUGCAGGUUUGAUUUCGAGGCGACCGGAAUCGCGACGACGACGACUUGUCGGCACACUGGUCAUGUUACUGCUGAAUUACCUGGCAAUCGUAUGGAUCCGAAGCAUCAGCGCAACACUCCAGAUGAAGUUUCUCCCAGGUCACCAAGACCUCAAAGUCAGCAUUCCACUGAGUAGCUUUUACACCGCGCUCUAUCUGUCCAUCAGAUCCAGACAAGUGGACCAUUCCGACGUCAGUCCCCCUCAAGCUGGGCCACAGCGAGUUCAAGAUGUCGUACAAGAAGAAACGCAACGAGCCCCGGCCCAACAGCAGGCACCGCUCGUUGCAAUCGAAAGACCGCGCGUGAAGACACCUCCACCACUGGCCAUGUCCAAGCUCACGGAAGAUGCAGUCACUGCUUAUCUGCCGCUUGCUCUCGCACUCGGAACUGCUGCACUAUGUGGUUGA